AUGAGUACGCCUCUAUUUUUCGUAAUCGCGCGGGUUGUAAGUAGAGAUGGUGCUUUAGAAAAGUGGCGAGAGGUCCUACAUGGACUUUGCAAGGUAUCCAAGACAGAGCCAUAUUCGAAUUCCUACUACUGGGGAUAUGAUGUUGAUGGUGCGCCGGAUACUUUAUGGGGUCUGGAAGGUUAUUAUCAUCCUGUAGGGUUUUUCAUGAACCAUAUUUCGACCAAUACUUUCAAGGAGGAAAUGCGUAAGGUCGAUGAAGAGAAAUUGCUACGAAAUUCUCAGGGACUCGCUAGUCCGGAUUACGAUCUUCACCAUUAUGAUUUUUUCAGUGGAUUUCUUACACGAAAGAGUGACAAGGACCGAGAUGCGGAAAAUAGCUUCGUAGUCGUCGUGCAUUUCUCAGCCUCUCAAGGCAGACGCAAGCAGUUGUUGGGAAUUCUGUCGGAUUGCGCCGACCAGGUUCAGACGACACAAACAGGUCCCCCUUCUGCAGUCCAGAGUUUUGCAGUGCUGAAGGAAAUCAACGACCUAGAUCUCGUCAGUGUUUACAUCAGAGCACGGUCACAGGAGGCAUGGGAAGAGUUCGAAGCUCACAAACUUUACAAGGAGGCCCUAGAAUAUGUCAGCACAAUCACCGUAAACACAGCGACACACAGAUCCCAGGCAUUCAUCGGUCACAUUGACCAGGAGUCGUGUUUGAGCAAUCCAUAG